UUUUGCGCCAAAACUUCUCCUCUAUCUGCAAAUUCUUACCCACAUACAUAUACUGAGAAAUAUCCCAUCUUUCCUCUUUUAUCUAUAAACAUGUCUCGCUAGUGCAUUGAACUUCAACUAUAUUCUCAUCUCUCUUCAAUCCGAGAAAGAAAGUGUGAAACAUGGCGGCAACAAAGGGGUCAAUAUUUGCAUCUUCCACGCAACCGUUUCUGGCCAAGCGGUCCGUUUCUUGUGGCAUUUCCAGCACGCUUGCCAACAAUUUUCUCAAUGUACCAUUGACAAAUUCUUCACCAGUAAAGAAAAGAAAUGUUAAAAUCAGCAGAAAAAUCAGUGCUGCUGCUACUGCUGUUGCUGUGACAUCUCCGCUUGAGGAAAUUCAGGAGUACAAACUUCCUUCGUGGGCUAUGUUUGAACUUGGGAUGGCCCCUGUCUUUUGGAAAACCAUGAAUGGUCUUCCUCCUACCUCGGGAGAAAAGCUAAAGCUUUUUUACAAUCCAGCGGCAUCUCAGCUUGCCCCCAGUGAAGAAUUUGGAAUUGGUUUUAAUGGUGGUUUUAACCAGCCAAUUAUGUGUGGUGGUGAGCCAAGAGCAAUGCUGAGAAAAGAUAGAGGCAAAGCUGAUGCCCCAAUAUACACCAUCCAAAUAUGCAUUCCUAAGCACGCUCUGAAUUUGAUCUUCUCCUUUACAAAUGGAGUUGAGUGGGAUGGCCCCUACAGGCUUCAGUUUCAAGUUCCUAAGCGUUGGCAAAACAAGACAAUUGACUUCUUUAACGAGGGAUUGGCAGAGGAACUGAGUAAAGAAGGAGCAUGUGAGAAGGCAAUAUUCCCAGACACAAAUAUGAUCAUUGCCAGAUGUGCUAUGAUCGGUAAUCUGUCUAAAGAAGGGGGUGAUAGGUGCAGUUUGGAUUUGGUUGUUGGGUGUACAGAUCCUAGCUCUCCAUUGUACAAUCCAUUAGCCAAUGUAGAUGAUGGUACAUGUGCCUUGGAGACGGAUUCUGAGUCUGAGGAAUAGGAGUAUUAUUGUUAUUGGUAUUGUUAUUAUACUUCAUAUACAGAUGCAUAUCUCAAAUCACAUGUAUACAUGGGACUUUGUAAAUUCCAUUAUUAAUCCCUCAUAAAAUUGCAGUUACUUACAGCCUUA